GUUUCAGCUGAAAUAAGCGUGUAGUUCCGCUGUGCUCCUUUAGGGGCGCUGUUGUUCCGAGCGCGUUUCCGCUAGUCGACGCGCAGUGACGUAAAAUAACGGUGAAGAAGAAGCUGCAGGCUGAGUGCAGUUCCGCAGAGCAGCUCCUCUCUCUCUUUCUCUCUGUAGGCCGGCUCGGAGAGAUUAACGCGUGUUAUUAUUCAUAUUAUAUCAGUAUACUCAUCCUUAUUAAUAUUGUUCCCGUUGAUUUCGUGAUGUUUUGAUCGCAGUUCCUGGGCGCGUGAAAUGGCGCUGGAGUGGCGCGAGGCGGCGCAGCGCGUGGACGUGUACCUGAGAGAGCGGCUCUCGUCCGGCCUGCUCCUCGUGCACGCGCAGCUCGGGGUGGACCUGGGACUGAGGGUGGAGCUCCUCCCCCCGGGGCUGCUCGCGUGCGCGGCGGCGGCGGGACUCGGCCUCGUGCUCGUCCUGAUCCUCUGGCUCGCCGUCUGCCGCGGCGUCUGGAGGAAACCCGCCGGGAGACUCGCACCCGAGCCCGGGAGGAGCACCAGAGCCAAAGCCGAGGAGGUGAAGAGGAGGAGCCGGAGGAGAGGAGGAGGAGGAGGAGGAGGAGAGAAGAAGGUGCAGAGGAAUGGCCUGGCUGUGGACCUGGAGGACGACCUGAAGCCGGCAGAGGCGCAGAACCAGAACCUGAGUGAGAGUCCGGAUCUGGAUGGGGGUAAAAAUGAUAAGGGAAAGAAGAACAAGAAGAAGGCAAAAGCGGCGGUAAAGGAAACGAAGACCUCGUCCACAUCGGAGCGCAAAGAGCCGGAGGAAGCAGGAACCUGGGAGACUAAAGUGAGUCACCGAGAGAAACGGCAGCAGCGCAGGAAGGAUAAAGGCGCGGGAGACGACUCGGGCAGUCCCGAGGGAACGGAGCCCAGCACUAACACUGCUGCUGCGGAGAACACGCCCGCUGUGGAGGAACCCAAAGUCAUCUCAACACCAUCCAAGACCUCCAAGAACUCUAACACCACCACCACCAUCACUACCACCUCCACCAAGACCUCCAACACCACCAGCACCACUACCACCUCCAACACUUCCAAGACCUCCACUAAGACCUCCAUCACCUCCUCCACCAAUACCACCACCACCAAGACCUCCAAAAAUUUCAAGACCUCCACCAGUGCUGCACCUAAAGCUCAGAAGAACGCUCAAAGAACCCAGCAGGCCGCUCCACCAGCAGAACCUGAUCCUCCUGUUCCUGAAGUGACCCAUGCUGUCAUUCCACCAGUGUGGGACGUGAUGAGCGGCUCAGCGUCCUGGGAUCUGGGCAUGUCCGUGCCUCCUCACACACAGACCUGGACCAGCGUGAAGCCCGAGCCGUCCGUCUGGCCCCAGGACAUGGAGGGCUCGUGGAUGAUCGUGGACGGCUCGCACAUCUCGUCCUCAUUCCACGCGACCGCAGGUGUUGAGGCGCAGGUGGUUCCUGAGCGCCCGUGGGCGUGUCCAGCCCCUGUGGACGAUGAGUGGUCUGGACCAAACGGCGGUUCUGCCGACCCAGCGUCGGACUACUGCGCCCCGUGUGAGGAGUGGGGGAAUUACGAGGAGCCAGCAGUUGGCGCCGUUUCCCCGGACGAGCCUCAGGAGUCGGACCCGGAGAAGGACAAAGACGAACCUGCGGCUCCGGGAAGCGGCAAGGCCAAGAAGAAGAAGAAGAAAAAGAAGAAAGCUGAGGAGGCUGGAGGUGCUGCUCAGGUGGAAACUGAAGUGGGUGUGGCUAAAGAACAGAGUGCUGCAGUGAACACUUUGCCUAAAACCGCGAAAGAAGCAGAAGUUGUGGCUCCAUCUCGAAUCCAGAUGAAACCAGCUGAACCUGAGGCUCCACCCAAAAGCACAGCUCCGCCCACUCAGAAGAAACCCGAGGAAAGCUGGGAAUCUCCGAAACAGGUGAAGAAGAAGAAAGCGCGGAGAGAAACAUGAGCGCGCAAGCGGAUUUCAGGAAGAAACGUCGAUAUGCAAACGUCCAGGAUUUCAGACAGACUGCGAGUCGUGCUUCAGGCGGAUUAGCGCGCUAAGUCGGCGUGCACUCGGACAGCGAACAGUGUGUAACAUAUCAGUCCUGUGGGCGUGGCCGUACAUCAGGCGUGCGCUCUUCAUCGCCAUCAUCGUCUCAUUUCGCCGUACUGUAACGCUAACGAGAAGACCGUGACGUUCUUCUCGGGAAUAAAGACGGUUAUGAGGGUUUUUUUGUGUUUUUUUUUUUUUUUUUUAAUGCUAAUUUGUCUUGGACGCCGCGUGUCGUGCUGUGUCGCGGUGACCGAUGAGCAGCACACGCCUGAUGUACGCGCUAAUCAAUCUCUCGCCCCCGUCUCACGCUGUAGGUUCAUCUCUGACUCUGUAGUCUAUCUGAUGAGAAAUUUUCAGGAAAUAAAUAAAAGAUCCGUAACGUUUCACUCGUCUCACAUCAGCACCAGGUUCCUGUGUUUUCACUUCUGUAACAUCCUGAAUGUGUUUACGUAGAGAACAUUCUAGAAGAAUUUUUUUUGUUUCUAAAUAAAGUUGCAAAUCCGCUAAGAAUUGCGUAUUGAUGUGUUUGUAGUUAAAAAUUUAGCUUUGCUGCCCUCUGGAGGCCGAAAACGUCAGCGGCUCAUCUGAUGGACUACGUUUAGCAUUAACGGGACGCGGUGGACAUUUAUUCAUUUUUAAGCCGUACUGUUUUAUUCUGAAGCGGUAAAAGCCAUACCUGUAGACGUCGACGUUUUUCUAUACAGACAACGUUUCUCCUGCUAAACUCCGCCCACUUUCAUUUGCAUGUGAUUUGAAAAAAAUCUUUUGCCACGUGAUCGACCGACGUUUCCCCGGAUGUCAUGCUGCACUGAUUUGACGGAACGCCAACGCCUUGACACGGCGACAGUGUCGCCGCCAUCCGUCUGUCUGCUGCAUGCAGUGUUCCUCCUCCUGUCCAUCAUCCCCUCAUUAAAUAAAUGUGGCUUGUUUGCA